AAGUUGUUGUCGAAUGAGUGUGGUGGUCUCCCACUAGCUGUUGUAACAGUUGGUAGGGCUUUAAGAAGAGAAAAUAAUCUGACGCAAUGGAAAAAUGCGUUAAGCCAGCUGAAAAGUGCAACAGGAAGAAUAGAGGGAAUGGAGAAUCGAGUCUUUGCACGUCUGAGAUUUAGCUAUGAAAGACUGAAGGAAAGCGUGAGUCGGUCAUGUUUUCUCUAUUGUGCAUUGUACCCAGAGGAUCAUCAUAUCGAAACUGACGAACAGAUUAAGUACUGGACAUGGGAAGGCUUGUUGGAUAAUCUUGGGUACGGAGAAUCCAAGAUGCUGCAGGGAAAGAUGAUAUUAGAUGAACUGAAAAAUGCGAGCCUGCUAGAGAUUGGAUGUCAAGAAGGUAGUUUGAAUGAAUACGUCAAGAUGCAUGACUUAAUUAGGGAUAUGGCGAUAGCUGUUACAAGGGUGAGUCCGCUGUUUAUCAUCCGAGCAGGACAUGAAAUUCGUGACGCACCAGGUGAGAGUGAAUGGCUCAAAGGCCUUGAAAGGAUCUCAUUAAUGACAAAUGAUUUGAGCUCCUUGAGUUUUGAACCGAAAUGUCCUCGGCUAACCACCUUGCUAUUGCAGUAUAAUUCAUUGUCAAAGGGCAUACUUACUUCUUUCUUUAACCAUCUAAAGAAUCUCACAGUUUUGGACUUAUCUUACACGGGCAUUGCUAGGUUGCCUGAUUCACUUUCUAAUCUGGAAAACCUCCAUGCUUUGUUUCUACGUAGUUGUUGGAACUUGUGUCACGUGCCAACAAUGGAAAGACUCAAGGAGCUGAGAGUUUUAGAUCUCUCUUCUACAUCAAUUGAGUGUAUGCCGCUUGGGAUGGAAAGCAUUUGGAUCUCUCCUACACUACAGUAUAUGGAUUUGAUAUUCAAAUUUUAUGGAAUGGAUUAUAACUCCCUAAUGGGGCACAUUUCCCCGUCUAGAGUUAUUAGAGAUCGAGGGUCUGAGCAGAUUGCAGAAUUUAUGCAAGGGGAUUCCACCAGCAGGAACUCUUUCAACCUUAAGGUGUUGAAUGUUAUUGGUUGUGAUAAUCUCAAGACUCUGCUUCCACUUGAGUUAGUGCAGCAACUCAAAAACCUUGAAGAGCUCGAGUUGCAAAGCUGUUCGAUGCUGGAGGAGAUAGUUACAGAAGUGGAAAAUGAAGAGGGCAUUCAAGAAAACAAUGGUGAAGUGGUCCUCCCAAGUUUGCGAAAAUUAAGAUUAGUUUCUAUGCCAAGACUGAGAAGCAUAUGCAGAGAUCCAAUGAUUUGUGAUUCCUUAACGACAAUUGAAGUUGUAGAUUGUCCAGAGCUGGAAAUACUUCCCUUCUUUCUGGAAAUAAGGCCGCAAUUAGUUGACUCUCUCAAACAGAUAAAAGGAAGCAGAAGUUGGUGGUAGACAUUAGAAUUGAACCACCCUACCGCAACAUCCCUCCUUGCUCCAAUAGUUAGACCUGAAAGGGAGCAGCAUGCAUCUGCUGUUGAUGAAUAUAUUGGGGUUGACUUUAACACCAUACAUAGUCACGGUGGCAGCUCUGGAAAUUCUUCUUUUGGACCACGAUAACACUCUUACUGAGAAAAAUCAGUGAAAUACCCUUUCUCCAAGUUCAAAUCUUGGCAGUAUCUCAGCGUGGUUCUGGACACGAUCAGCUCCAAUUUGGUUUGUCUCCAGCAGAAUGCAAGCAGUUCUGGUUGAGUCCUAAUCAUGAAACAAGGCCUAGAGUUUUGCACAUUGAAUAGGUCCCACCCUGGUGCAUUCUGUGCAGUUGGUCGUACAGCUGAGAGAUCUGUAGAUAAGAUUGGAACAUUGUAUGUAAUUAACAAUGGAUGAACUCCCACAAUUGCUAUACCUCUGGCUCAAGACACCACCUUCAUCAGGUUCCCCUGGGACAUACUCAGGUUGAACCUACCCUGCCCACAGGAUGCCCUUCAAGUUGGAACGGUACUAUCCCAGCUCCCGCCUGAUGGUUUCCCGAGCUUUCCUGGUCAGGUGAGCAGCAGCAUUUAGGUAAACAGCUACAGCUUUUUGUUCUUUUUUCCGAGCAAGCAGAUUCAUCAAGUUUAAGCCUACGCCGGUGGAUGAAUGACAAUGUUGUUCAUGGCAUCAAGGUGGGGAUGAGCACCAUCAUGAGCAGCAUAUGAAAUCAUCGUGAUUCUGAAUAUGUUCACGAUGAUAGCUCCAGGAUUGAAUUUUGCAGCAUGUUCUAUGGAUUCAAGAGCUAUUGUUUUGUCGCGUAAUUCAGAUGUGCAGAGCUUUCAACAUAGCAACAUUAUAUUGAUUGUAUUACAGUUUUCUUGUCGUUGCACAUUUGCAAGACACAGAUUCUGACAUUACUUCAAGGUACUGUUGAGCUUUAUAUAUGUUCGACUUUUUGAGAUGGCAUGUUUUAUAUGCCAUGCC